AUGGCGCCCAAGUGCAACGAGAUAUUCGAGGAACAGACGAAGAGCAACCCGCCGUUCGAGGUCAUAUGUCACGGCGACUGCUGGAACAACAACGUCCUUUUCAGAUAUAAAGAUAUCACUAAUGGCCCUUCUGUUUCACCUCGACUCGAGCAGAUACAACGAGGAGGGCGUUCCGACGGACGUGAGGCUGGUCGACCUCCAGAUCUGCCGCAAGUCCUCGCCAGGGACCGACCUCAACUACCUCAUGUUCACGAGCUCAACGGAGCGACCGCAGGGAGAACCUCGACAGCAUCCUCCGCUCCUACUACGCCUCCUUCAGCCCGUCCUGGGCGUGGCCAAGGAGCGGCCCCCUACAGCUUCGAGGCUGGUGGCGCGAGUACCGGGCAAGCACUCUUCGGCCUCCUGAUGGGGAUCAUGAUCGUGCCCCUUGUGGUGAGCGAGGCCUCUGAGGUCAUGGACUUGGACGACGUGAAGACCGACGACGUGGAGCUCUUCAUGAAGGAGCGGGAGAGGGCUGCUCAAGCAGGUCGACAGCAACCCACUCCUGCGGCCGCGUCUGCUCAGUAUCUUCGACGAAAUGGUCGAGAACGGAGUCAUAGCCUGAGGAAGGGGCUCGGGCGUGUCGAGAACCGUGUCUCGUCGAUGCUGAGGA